GCAGGCGCACUGGACUCGCGCUGCCAAACUGCAGCUAUGGAGCAGGCACCUCCGGAUCCUGAGAAGCUGUUGCAGCCUGCACCCCUGGAGCCGCUGGGCGGCCCUGGCGCUGUGCUGGAAGCUGCGGUCGGUGAGGAGACCGAGGGCACCCGAGAAGACGGCUCAGGGGCCGACACGAUGACAGGAAAUAAUUUUUGGUUGAAGAAAAUAGAAAUCAGUGUUUCAGAAGCCGAGAAGAGAACUGGAAGAAAUGCCGUGAACAUGCAAGAAACGUACACUGCUUACCUCAUUGAAACUCGCUCAGUUGAACAUGCCGACGGUCAGAGCGUCCUCACAGACUCGCUGUGGCGGCGGUACAGUGAGUUCGAGCUGUUGAGAAACUACCUUUUAGUGUACUACCCACAUGUCGUCGUGCCACCCCUCCCAGAAAAGCGGGCAGAGUUCGUGUGGCAUAAACUGUCUGCUGACAACAUGGAUCCAGACUUUGUGGAGAGACGACGGAUAGGCUUAGAAAACUUCCUCUUGAGGGUCGCUUCACAUCCGGUCCUCUGUAGAGACAAAAUCUUCUAUUUGUUUCUAACACAGGAAGGUAACUGGAAGGAGACUGUGAAUGAGACUGGAUUUCAGCUGAAGGCAGACUCCAGGUUAAAAGCGCUUAAUGCAACAUUCAGAGUGAAAAACCCAGACAAGAGAUUCACGGAGCUGAGGCACUACAGUGAUGAGCUGCAGUCCGUCAUCUCACACCUCCUUCGCGUCAGAGCCAGAGUAGCAGAUCGACUGUAUGGUGUAUAUAAAGUACAUGGGAAUUAUGGGAGAGUUUUUAGUGAAUGGAGUGCCAUUGAAAAAGAAAUGGGCGACGGCCUGCAGAGUGCCGGGCAUCACAUGGACGUGUAUGCGUCUUCUAUUGACGAUAUCUUGGAAGACGAGGAGCACUAUGCAGACCAGCUGAAGGAGUACUUGUUCUAUGCGGAAGCACUUCGGGCUGUGUGCAGGAAGCAUGAGCUGAUGCAGUAUGACCUGGAGACAGCUGCUCAGGACCUGGCCUCCAAGAAGCAGCAGUGCGAGGAGCUGGCCACUGGGACUGUGAGAACAUUCUCGUUGAAGGGAAUGACUACCAAACUCUUUGGUCAGGAAACUCCAGAGCAAAGAGAAGCCCGGAUCAAGGUGCUAGAGGAGCAGAUAAAUGAAGGGGAACAACAGCUGAAGUCUAAAAACCUGGAAGGCAGAGAAUUUGUGAAAAAUGCAUGGGCUGAUAUUGAACGCUUCAAAGAACAAAAGAACCGGGAUCUAAAGGAAGCCCUCAUCAGCUAUGCUGUCAUGCAGAUCAGCAUGUGCAAAAAGGGAAUUCAGGUUUGGACCAAUGCUAAGGAAUGCUUCAGCAAGAUGUAAUUCUGUGAAGUGACUUCUCUUCAGUCAAAGCGCCCCAAAUGAAGCACAAGUAAAAGAAACUCAGUUGCUGCCUGAUACAUAAAAGCCUACGGAGCAGAGCGGCGUUGUUAAGCAUGGUGUGUUCCUAGAGCACCAAAGGGUACGGCUUAAUGAAGAGUAAAUGCUGCCAUUUGACGUUCUGGGGACUGGUGCUGAUUCCAAAAGGUUAGUAAGAUACACCGACAGUCCGGCGUCUGAAGCAGUGCCUGCAUGUCAGGAUGUGAGUGAUUUCCUGUGCUCCUCUCAGUGCCGACUGCCGGAUCUCCUCCUGGAGAGGUCUCCCCAAGACGAGGUCCCGUGUGGCCUUUGUAGGACCCACUUCUGCCUUAGAGUUGAGCUGUGGUUUGCAGAGCUCAGCAGAACCUUAUCGUGAAGUCUAAGGUUUUCCUCCCUGUUCUAGAUCCUGUACCAACUGUGGACACUAGAAAAUGCCUUCAGUCUGUGUUCCACCAAGAUUUUGAUACUGGUCAGAAAUUUUAUACUGCCGACAAAUAAGUCUCAGCUUCUCAGAUUUGCAGCGGAAUAAAUUCAUUAUUAUAAUCUAGAAAUUGCUAUACAGAAAGAUUUAAUUGAGCAUUAUUAUUCUCAAGUAAUUGUUAACUUCAGUAGCAGCCUCUGUUCCCUGCCUGGCCCUGUGCACAUGGUAUUUCAGGGUAGAUGUAGCUUCCGUGUGAGAUUCAGUGAACACACGUGGGCCAGUACCUUCCCCACUGAUGUGCUUUCCUGUUGCCUGGCUGUGGGUUUUGUAAAGAUAAAUUAUGUUGUUGUGUUUUAAUGUGUGUUUCAUGUACAUGUCCAGAAACCAAGCCUUGCUCUGCUAGCUUCAGAAUCCUAACUGUGCACUCAUUCUUUCUAAUGUUUCAAACUAUACUCAGUACCGUUUGACAUUUGACUUUUUUACAUGUUUAAAAUGUUGCUGGAUUUUUGUGCUGUUUGCCAAACUUAUAUAAUAAAGGAAGUGUUGUCUUUAUUUCCA